AUGCCAAAACUUACCGUUAAGACAACAAAGGGCAAGGUCUUCCAGGUCGAUGUCGAGGCCACCGACACUGUGGCGGGCCUCAAACAGAAGAUCCAAGACACUCAGGCGCAUCCUGUAGCUCAGCAGAAAAUCAUCUACGCUGGCAAAAUCCUCCCCGAUGAUAAGCUCAUCGAGUCUUGUGGCUUCAAGGAGAAGGAUUUCUUGGUGCUCAUGAUUUCAACGCCGAAAGCUGCCCCUGCCCCAGCUCCAGCUCCAGCAGUCCCGGCGGCAGCUGCUCCCCCAGCACCAGAAGUCGCGCCGCCGACGCCUGCCUCCGCUGCUGCGCCCCCUGCUGCUGACGCCGCUACAAAUACACCGUCAGUGCCUGCUGCACCUGCCCCGGCUCAGUCUGCCCUCCCACCGACCUCUGCACCUGCUCUCGGAUCCUCCUUCCUCUCCGGAGAUGCCCUCCAAACGACGAUUACGAACAUGGUGGAGAUGGGCUUUCCGCGCGAGCAAGUACUCCGUGCUCUAAGAGCCAGCUUUAACAACCCAGAUCGCGCGGUUGAAUACCUGUUUAAUGGUAUCCCGGCUCAUCUGGAGGCUGAGCCCGCUCCCCCCGCAGCUGCGGCAUCACAACCAUCAACAGUCCCCCAGCAAGCAGCCCCAAGUACACCAAGCUCGGCGACCCCAGCAGCUGCGCCAGCCAGCGGACCCCAAAACUUAUUUAGCCAACAACAUCAAACUCAAGGUGGCGCUGGUCCAAGGGGUGCUGGUGCCCCCGCUGGCGGUGCGAUUGAUAUUGAGGCCCUGCGUGCUACUCCUGCCAUACAGCAACUGCGGGAAUUGAUGGCACAGAAUCCGGCGCUCGUUCAACCUCUCAUCCAGCAGCUCGCUGCCCAAAAUCCGGCACUCGCACAACAAAUCGCCCGCGAGCCCGAAGUGUUGAUGCAGUUGCUCGGUGGCGAAGGCGGCGUUGACUUUGGCGCGAUUCCCGAAGGCGCUCCCCCGGGUUCGCACACUAUCACUGUAACUCCCGAGGAACGGGCUGCUAUCGAGCGACUGGAGGCCCUUGGCUUCCCUCGUCAUCAGGUGCUGGAAGCAUAUUUUGCGUGCGAUAAGAAUGAAGAAUUAGCAGCGAAUUACCUGUUCGAAGGCGGGUUUGAAGAUGAUGAUGAAGCCUAG